AACGAAAUCCUUCCCUACCCAAAGAUAUAGGAACGGCUAAAAGCAAGCGAGGACUGAAGAAUGGCGGCCACUACUCCGAUGGCCGGGGCGCGCUGUCCCUUAUCGCGAUCCCCAACCCAAAGGCGCGGACUUUCUAGCCAAACCGUCCUCUCCCUCUCUUCUUCUUUCUCCAAAACCCUUCACCUCAAUUCCUCCUCAUCUUCCAACUCCUUCCACUCGCUCUCCCUCGCCCUCACCCGCGGAACUCGCGGCGGCACAGCUGCUGCGACGAAGAUGAGCAUGGAGGCGGGUGUUGGUGUCAUGGGCACGAAGUUGGGAAUGAUGUCCUACUUUGAACCGGAGGGCACCGUCGUCCCCGUCACCGUCGUCGGGUUCCGCGAGGGCAACAUCGUCACCCAGUUGAAGACCGCCGCCACAGACGGAUACGACGCAGUGCAGGUGGGAUACCGCCGCGUACGCGACCGGAAACUCACUAGGCCGGAGCUCGGCCAUCUCAGCAAGGCCGGUGCCAUCCCAAUGCGCCAUCUCCAGGAAUUCCGGCUCCAGUCCAUUGAGGGCUUCGAGCCGGGGCAGAGGCUCGUACUUGAAGAUAUAUUCAAGGAGGGAGAUCUCGUUGAUGUGUCCGGGACAACCAUUGGCAAGGGAUUCCAAGGUGGUAUCAAAAGGCACAAUUUUCGCCGCGGUCCAAUGACUCAUGGCUCCAAAAGUCAUAGAGCUUUGGGCUCCAUUGGUGCUGGAACAACACCUGGUCGAGUUUACAAGGGAAAAAAGAUGCCUGGCAGGAUGGGAGGAACUAAAAGAAAGAUCAGAAAGCUGAAGAUUGUCAAGAUAGACAAUGAACUACGAGUUUUCAUGAUAAAGGGAGCUCUCCCUGGAAAGCCUGGCAAUCUUCUUCGUAUAACACCUGCUAAGAUUGUUGGAAAAAACAUUCCUAAGAGUUAGGAUAUCUGCAUUCAAUCACAUCGAUUAUUGUUCUCUUUACUGUAACUUUAACUGAACAAUUUAUCUUCCUAAGAGUUUCUUCUUCAAUCAUUGUGAGUUACAUUGAUUGCAGCUCUGACCUGCCAUGUUUAGAUUGUUUAACUGUAAAGAAGAGAUAAUUCAAACUUA